GUUUUUUUUCUAUUUUAUGGGAGUUACAAUAACCUGAAGGAGAUUUUUUUAAUUUAACUUUCAGCCGUGUAGUAAUUGAAGAUUUGUUAAGGAAAAGUGUAGAGAAUAGAAAAUACACAUUCUGAUAGGCAGGUUAAAUAUAUUCAAUCCCCACAAAAGACAUGAAAAGUGGAACGCAGUAGUUGACGUGAAUCGCCGGCCGAAAAGACUGUCAUUCACCAUUCACGUGAUUUGUUGACAGUUUGUCAACUUUGCCGAUCAGCGUGAUUUACAAGUAUUGCAUCCCAAUGGACUGUGUAAAAUUCUUUUAAUACCCAAAUGAAAUAGAACGUAACUGUGUUUUCAAGUCAUGCCAUGUCAAUGUGCUUCUGGAACGACACGAAAGAAUUUUCUACCGGCAGAUUGAAAAUUCGAACUUAUAACCUACAAAUUUUUGAAACUUUGUAUAAGUAAAAAAAAACAACAACAAUGGUAAUAGCAAUCGGUUUUGAGGGGAGUGCUAAUAAAAUCGGUAUAGGAAUAACAAAAGAUGAUCAAGUAUUGUCGAAUGUAAGACGGACUUAUGUCACACCUCCAGGCGAAGGUUUCUUGCCAAAGGAAACUGCGAUCCAUCAUCGAACUCACGUUCUGGAAAUCUUGGAAAAGGCAUUGAAAGAUGCAAAAUUAAGUAUGAAGGAUGUCGAUGUUAUUUGUUAUACAAAAGGUCCGGGCAUGGGAGGUCCUUUGACUGUCCUAGCAUUGGUUGCUCGUACAAUGGCCCAACUUUACAACAAACCUAUCAUAGGAGUAAAUCAUUGCAUCGGACACAUAGAAAUGGGAAGAUUAAUAACGGGAAGCAAAAAUCCUAUUGUACUUUACGUUUCUGGUGGAAAUACCCAAGUAAUUGCAUAUUCCAGACAACGUUAUCGAAUAUUCGGGGAAACUAUUGAUAUUGCAGUUGGAAAUUGUUUGGAUAGAUUUGCACGAUUGUUGAAAUUAUCCAAUGAUCCGAGUCCUGGCUACAAUAUAGAACAGUUAGCGAAAAAGGGUACGAAAUUGGCACCGUUGCCUUACGUGGUGAAAGGAAUGGAUGUCUCUUUUUCCGGUAUUUUGUCAAACGUCGAAGAACAUUUGGACGUGUGGUUGACCAGUGGAGAAUACAGCAAAGAGGAUCUUUGUUUUUCUCUGCAAGAGACAACUUUUGCAAUGCUGAUCGAAAUAACUGAACGUGCGAUGGCUCAUGUCGGAUCGGAUGAGGUACUAAUUGUGGGCGGAGUCGGUUGUAACGAGAGACUGCAAAAAAUGAUGGGCGUCAUGUGCGAGGAACGAGGAUCGAAACUGUACGCAACCGACGAACGUUUUUGCAUCGAUAAUGGCGUGAUGAUCGCUGUCGCUGGAGCUCUCGAGUAUCAGAGCGGAAAACCUACACCUUGGGAACAGACAACAUGCUCACAGAGAUUUCGUACCGAUGAAGUUUUCGUUUCGUGGAGGGAUUAAACGAAUAAAGUGAAAAAAAAAUGAUCGAA